AUGAUCGUGCUCUCGACCAUUUUCGUCCUCCUAUGCCUCUUCCGCCAGUCUGUCGUAAUGUCUGAAGAUGGACAAAUUAUCGGCGCUGAAGGCUUAUCAGGUAUUUACACGUACCGACAUCAAACACUCUGCGGCAGGCACAACCUCAAGAGUCCUCCUCGUGAAUUCACCGGCCCUAAAAGCCCCAAACUUACUUACUAUUUGCUCAACAAAGACGGAACGAUCAGCCUAGUCGCUAGCACCAUCGAUGUCAGCGAGGAAACCGCAGUUUUGCCUGCGGCACUGUUCUGUGUGCAGUCUUUCACAGCGGAGCUUCAUCGCAAACUAGGCGAGUUCAUUUGUGUUACGGACCCCAAUGAUUGGGGGGAUGACUGCGUCAAGACCCACUGCAUCGUUGAAGAAAGUCCUGGGCAGAUCACUUUUGAUUGUGAUGUGGGCGUGAAGAAGGGCAACUAUCUGGAUGCCAAGUGUGAAAAUGGCAGACUCACAAGCCCUAUUGAGUCACCUGGUCGACGCCGAACUAUCAGCUACUACAUGUACAACAACCCCAAAGAGUUCCGCUUCAACGGCAAGCACACUGGGGCUCCCAGAACUGAUUCUGAGGCUCGAGCAUUCCAAUCGCUUCUCUGUGUGCAGGGUCCAGCAUCAGAUCGGAGGAAUGACGCCCCUCAUGAGCACUGGGUUUGUGUGCGUGAGAUGACGCAAUGGCCCGCUUGCAUCACUCAUUACUGUCAGUUUGAAGAGGAGCAAGACCUGUCUCAAGAGUAUGUCUACGUUGCUCGUUGCGGUCGCACUGCCGCUGGCGCCUUGAGUAAGACUUGCUACGAAGGCAGAUACCUUCCAGCCCUGCCAAAGCAACGAACCAUCACAGGCCCCUUCAAUUACUUCAUGCCGGGUCAAGGCCGUGGCUAUGUGGUCUAUCCAGAUGAUAAGAGGACGCCCUUGCCAGGAUUUUUGUACUGUCUGCUUGGACCACUACCCUCCGAAGUGAACACAAAGCCCAAGUUUCAUUGGGUAUGCCGCGAGGAUCCGAAUGCAUGGGACAAGUGCGUUGGCACAGUCUGCACCUUCAAACAUGUGGGCAAAGCGAUACAGGUUGAGUGUCGAAACGUGCGCCAACUACAGCGAGGAAACCUUAUCAACCCGCAUUGUGAUUCAGGACGUAUGGUGGUUCCAGCCCUCCACACUGAUCUGGACACUUUCAAGUAUGCCAUUUACAAUGAGGACAAUAUCUAUCAAGUCAACGCCGAUUCGGAGGAUUUGAGCUAUCAGAGCCUGCUGUGUGUACUUGGCCCCUACCCUGGUAAGCCACAUUGGGGGGCGCAUUCACUAUGGGUCUGCACUUACGACCCCAAAGUAUGGCCUACUUGCAUUGAUCACCACUGUCGCUUCGUGAGACAGUAUAAGUUCCUCAGCGUGUUCAACUCGUACACGCUUCGCGUUGAUUGCGGCUACAAAACUUUGGAAGUGCUUGAUCCCAACUGCUAUCAAGGUCGCUUCCACAUGCCGUUGGCUAGUCAAUUUGCCAAUACCAAGACUUUCGACUACUGGGACUUUGAUUUUGACGGAGGUAAAGAGCUCAAGUCACUGAAUGCCGCAACAGCUACUCUCCCGCCAUACCUUUGGUGUGUGCGAGGUCCCGUGCCCGGUAGGCCGGCCUCUGACAAAGACUCUGUUUGGAACUGUGUCUCGGACCUCGAACGGGGAUUCAAAGCCUGCAUCACCUCUGCUUGUCAAAUCCAGAUUGUUCUCAAUCAUAAAGACGAGCGAGAGUUCCAGUACAACUGCGGAACGCCGACAGUGGAUCACCGCAAGAACUUGAUUGAUUCAAAGUGUGAGAACGAUCGGAUUUUCGUUCCAAGUUACAGCUCACCAUUUGACUCAUUCAGCUUCGUGGUCGUUUGGGACGAUCUGAAUGGCACGCCUACUACUGAUACUAAAGGUGUAGGGAAGGAUGGCCUCAUCGGUUACUGCGUCCUAAUUUCCAAAAAUGCGAGACCCCCGCGUAACCAAUGGUUCUGCGUCAAAAAUAUCCUCGAUUUCCCCACGGCCUUACCCUGUGUCAAGUUUGUUUGCUCAGUGCAUCGAAUCAACAUCUACGGCAAGACUCGAUACCGCUACAGUUGCGGCACUGCGGAAGGAUAG